AUGGCAAGGCACGACAACCGAUAUCACGAAGCCCGAGACCUAUUUCGGGAACAAGGUCGCCUAGCUCGCGAGGAACCCCCCAGCAUUGAAUCAGAGGCUGAGAUUUGCCGCGCGAUUGGUAAUGAAGGAAUGUCGACAUAUAAUUUGUGGCAGCUUGCUAGCCCACCUGAUUCUUCCUUGCUCGAUGCGGCAUUUAGUCAGCUACAAGAACGCAUCACGCGAGCCCAAGAUCUUCAACGACGCAUACUCAACGAAGAUCCCCGGUCUAAGUAUCUUGCCAUGGCUCAAACCUGGGAAAUUAUAGCCAUGGACCGCCUGACCCUUUGCUACAUUGCGUCUGGCAAGACAGAAGCUGCCGUACAUGUUGCCGAGGAGUCUCAACGAAAGCAAUCCCGCCAGGACCCAACAGUAACGGCCUUUUCGAAGUUCUACUACGGCAAUGCCCUGUGGCAUAAUGGUCAAGUCGACAAAGCACUCGAACAAUGGAAUGCCCCGUCUGGAACGUGCAGCGCUGCAAUGGCCCUCUGCAAGGAACCCAGCAAAGAGCAUAACGAGCAUCUCCAACUCAUGGCUGACGCUGGUGUAAACUUUGAUACAUAUGAUGAGCAAGGUUUCAGUGCCCUGGACCAUGCCGUACUCAGUGACAGUCCUCAUGCAAGAGAAGCAAUACCAAUUGUUGAGAAAGCGCUGCGUAGUGCUCUGCAGUUGACCAGUGAAGAUGUCGAUGAGGAGAUUUUGAUUCGUAAAAGGCAAGCAGAAUUACGCCGACAAUACCGGACCAUCUUUCAGGAGCAUAUGAGACCUGUGCUGAGAAAGAAGCCUAGCGGGGCAUUUAGUGAGUUAAGGAAGAUCUACGCGAGAUUUAUCUCGCAAGAUACCAAGGAAAGGCGCAUGUUUAGUCGAUUUCACUACAUGAGGUACACUGAUUUCGUGAAUUACGGAAAACUUCCUAUUUCUACCUCUGGGCUGGCAAAACAGUUCUCCGACGGAAUGGGAGAAACACUAGAGCCGAAAGAGGAUAAUUUUGUUAUUUUUAUUUCGUACCGCUGGAUUGGCGGGGGGAAUGGACCAGACGAUGAUUCGGGAACCCAAUGGCGCCGUAUUAUAAAUGCGGUUGAGAAAUUCAAGAAGGUUAAUCCUCAUCUUGACCCAGGUUGUUUGGGUUUAUGGCUGGACUACUUUUGUGUUGAUCAAGUAGAUGGACAGGAGAAAGAGCGCGGUGUUGACGCAUUACCGCUUGCCGUCAUGCAGUGUAAUGCCAUGAUUAGUCUUGUUGAUGAGACUUAUUAUGAGCGAGCAUGGUGUGCAGUCGAGGUUAUGCUAAUGCGUGCAAUUGUGGAAUCAUACGGACUACACCAAUGGUGGGAGGACUGUGAUGGUUCUUUCAAGGCAGGCGAUACGAGUCACGUCCUGGACGUAGGCAAUUUGAAACUCACAGAGGAGAAGCUGGACAGACCGAAAAUCGAUUUUUUGGUGAGGCAGAGCAAAUUGCUUGGGAGAGACAUUGUAUGA